AUGGAAAAGGUUGCAUUACCAUUUCUGGACUGCGUUGGCAACCAAGAUCAGCAUGGCCAGGACGCCCAAGCUCGUGCUCGGCCCUGGCAGUUGUACUGGCCUCCAGAGAAAGACAGUGAGCUGGCAAUAUUGCUCCAAAAGACCGUCCCUGAAGUCCUCACUUGGCGCUUCGAUCCAAGCAAUCCAUUUGACCGGCCUUGGCAGUCUUGGGCGAAGAAUGCGAUUCUGAGUGGAAAAGUGUGCACUUCCAAGGUUCUUCAACCAGACAAUUCAAUCGCUUCCUGGAAUAUUGGCACAAAUGGGCAGCUGCAGAGUGAAGCAGAUGGUCUCUCCGUUCAGAAGGAAGGCUCCAGGAACCUUGACGCCGAGAUAGAUGCGUUAAAACUUCGACAUGUGAUACCUAAAGAGUUCAACUACUUGUCGAAUGAUGCCAUUUAUGACACAACAAAGCCUUACCACACCCGCUUGCCGUUUAUGGGCAAGAUUCGUCGAAGCAAUAUCGUCGCGCAGGCGCACUCCAAUGUCAAAAUCCACGACAUCAAUGGACAUGAGGACAAGUUCACGUUUGCGCAAUCGGGCUUCCAAUUCUUCCAUAUACCAGUCGACGUCAGUAAAUGGACAGAAGAUAGUGCCAAGAACCAAUACCUUCCUGCCAUGGAGAAGUGGCUGAUGGAUUACUUCAAAGCCAAGAAGGUCCAUAUUUACACUUAUACGUACCGGUGCGAGAACCGUGAGCGGACUGCGUCAGAGUCAUGGAUUGGCCCAUACAUGCGCGCUCACUGUGACUCUGGCGAGCACUCACAGGACCAUACCAAGACCGACCUCUCGCGCUUCUUGACCCUCGGAGCCUUCGGCAACAGGAUCUUCUCGGCGCCGAUGUUGUCUUCCCACAUUACUGUGACGAAGGGUAUGAGGUCCGACAUAGUCCACAUCAUCGUUGGUUCUACAAACAGCGUAUGA